GUGUUGAGUCAGGCAUUGUGGUUGGCACUUGUCACGAUCCAAUUUCAACCCUCGCAACCUCAGGGAGACCCUUUCCUCAUUUUACAGGACCAGGGGUCGGACAGGCGAACUCACCCCUCCCAGGUCACACAGCACUGAGUUCACCUCUGGUGACCUCCGCCUCGCCCCGAGCGCCUGCCCCUGGCGGGGAGGUGGCUGUGGCCUGGGAGGACCCUGGCCCUCACCCUCUCGUCUGCCCCCCAGGCUCAGGCUGCCCAGUGGGCUCAGGCCCAGAGCCCAGAGAAACCAGCACAAUAGCGUCCAACAGCUGGACCGCCAGCAGCAGCCCCGGGGAAGCCCGGGAGGAUGGGCCCGAGGGCCUGGACAAGGGGCUGGACAACGAUGCGGAGGGCGUGUGGAGCCCGGACAUCGAGCAGAGCUUCCAGGAGGCGCUGGCCAUCUACCCGCCCUGCGGCCGCCGCAAGAUCAUCCUGUCGGACGAGGGCAAGAUGUACGGUCGGAACGAGCUGAUCGCGCGCUAUAUUAAACUGAGGACGGGCAAGACCCGGACGAGAAAGCAGGUCUCUAGCCACUUGCAGGUUCUAGCCAGGCGGAAAUCUCGGGAGAUUCAGUCCAAGCUGAAGGCCAUGAACCUGGACCAGGUCUCCAAGGACAAAGCCCUCCAGAGCAUGGCGUCCAUGUCCUCUGCCCAGAUCGUCUCCGCCAGCGUGCUACAGAACAAGUUCAGCCCGCCCUCCCCGCUGCCCCAGGCCGUCUUCUCCACUUCCUCACGGUUCUGGAGCAGCCCCCCUCUCCUGGGACAGCAGCCCGGACCCUCUCAGGACAUCAAGCCCUUUGCACAGCCAGCCUACCCCAUCCAGCCGCCCCUGCCGCCGGCGCUCAGCAGUUACGAGCCCCUGGCCCCGCUGCCCCCGGCCGCCGCCUCGGCACCCGCGUGGCAGGACCGCACCAUCGCCUCCUCCCGCCUGCGGCUCCUCGAGUACUCCGCCUUCAUGGAGGUGCAGCGCGACCCCGACACGUACAGCAAACACUUGUUUGUGCACAUCGGCCAGACAAACCCCGCCUUCUCGGACCCGCCCCUGGAGGCCGUGGACGUGCGUCAGAUCUACGACAAGUUCCCCGAGAAGAAGGGCGGACUGAAGGAGCUGUACGAGAAAGGCCCCCCGAAUGCCUUCUUCCUGGUCAAGUUCUGGGCCGACCUCAGCAGCACCAUCCAGGAGGGCCCGGGCGCCUUCUACGGGGUCAGCUCCCAGUACAGCUCAGCCGACAGCAUGACCAUCAGCGUCUCCACCAAGGUGUGCUCCUUCGGCAAGCAGGUGGUGGAGAAGGUGGAGACCGAGUACGCGCAGCUGGAGAACGGGCGCUUCGUGUACCGCAUCCACCGCUCGCCCAUGUGUGAGUACAUGAUCAACUUCAUCCACAAGCUGAAGCACCUGCCGGAGAAGUACAUGAUGAACAGCGUCCUGGAGAACUUCACCAUCCUGCAGGUGGUCACCAGCCGCGACUCCCAGGAGACCCUGCUCGUCAUUGCUUUUGUCUUCGAAGUCUCCACCAGCGAGCACGGGGCCCAGCACCACGUCUACAAGCUCGUCAAAGACUAGGGUGCCCUCUGCCCCACCACCAGGAUCCAGGACGAGCCUCUUCUCACACACCUGCCUGGCACCCCAGGGUCCAGGAUUGAGGACUCAUCUGCCUGCCAGGCCUCGGCCCAGGGCCAGGAGGCCUCCCCACCUGCUCCAGCACACACCCCCUGCCACUGUUCUGCGCUUUAACUGUGGGAGAAGGGAGGGGGCUCAGCGGUGGGGCAGCCUGGCUGGGUCGCCGAGCCACCAUCACUUCGGUCUGCCCAGCCUCAGUGAAUGGGAGGACACCUUUGGCUCAGGUGUGUGUGGCCACUGGCCCCUCAGGGCUGGGACAGGUGGGUGAGGGAGACUGGAGGGGAGGCGGAGUGCAGAGGCCAGGAAGGAGUGUGGAGCUGGGGUUGCGCUGAGAAGAGAGAGGCCCACACUGUCUUUGCACCUGCCAUGUGCCAGGCCCAGUGCCUCCUACCAUCCUCUGACCUGCAAAGCAAUCAUGGGUCUCGGUGUCACAGAUGAGGAGUCUGGAGGGGGUGGGGGGGGGGGCAGAGUUGGAGUUCUCACCAGGGCUGCCUGUCCGGAGCCCAGUUUACACACCGCCCUGCCUCGGACCGGCCCCAGGCUGGGGAGGGGCUCUACACUGAGGGGCGGGUUGGGGCCCCUGACACGGGGAGCCGCUGCCUCUGACCAGCAGGGAAGGGGAGCAGCAGGUACUCACACCUGUUGGGCGCCCUCUGUCAGCCUAGCAUCCAGCCAGGGCCCCGGGAGGGAGGCUCCUGCGCCACUCCCCCCACGCUGCCCUGGCCCAGAUCCUUUGCCAGGCUCCCCAGCAGCCGCCUGACGGGAAGGACCCCAGGGGCAGGCCCAGGCUCAGAAGCAGGUUGGAGGGUCAGGUAGGAAGAUGCCAGUCCCUGGGCAGAUCUGUGGCCCGGGCACAAGAGGCCGCACAGGCUUCGGUAUUUUCUCUUGCCCAGUGAACCCUCAGCAGUGCCACUACCUUGCUCUUCCCGGUGCCAGUCUCCCUGCCUGGAGCAGCUCCCCAGACCUCGUUCUGGGACUGAAGGUGCACCCUGCCCACUGCCUUUUCCCACCAUCCGGCCCCUCAGUGCCCGGCCUCCGGGCAUCGAUGAGUUUCAUAUGAAGUACUGUGCCCUGCCCUGCCCUGCCCUGACCCCACCCCUGAGCUUCCUGAAGGUCCUCACAGUUUGCAUAUCGCUCAGGCCACCUCCAAACCCAACCUAGGUUUUAUAAUGUAUAUUAUAUAUAUUUUUGUGUAUUUUUUAAAUCCAGCUGUGAUGGGUUAUAUCAUAAACGUGGCACAGGGCUGGGGCAGGCGCCCUCAAGGCCUACUCAGAAAGAGAAAUUAAAGUUAUUUGUUUGUGGGUUA